UUUUUUAUUAAUAACUUCUUGUCAUCAAAUAAAGUAGCAAUUCUCGCCUUAAGAAUGCAUACAACUCCAGUAUCUAAUACUUCUAUCAGAUCUCUUCAUUUGCCCAAUCAACAGCAACAACAAUACUAUUUUCAACAUCAAAAAUCGCCGCAAUCUUUUUGUUUAAACUCGGUAGUUCCUCCUACUUUGCAACAACAACAAUUUGUCAUUCCAAAACAACAAAUAAGCCUUCAACGAAAGCAGCAACAACAACCGCCUUUAUUAGAAAAUGCAGCACCUCGUCUUCAACACAAUAAUAGUAUUCAGAAAAAUUUGUUUGUGCCUACAUCUAAUCGAAGUUCAAAUCAACAGCCUCAUAAUUCUUCUCAAGCUUUAGUCGAAAAAUUUAUUUGUCGUAGUUCUCCUCCUCCCUCUCGUGAACAAUUAGAUUUAGAUAAAAACCAUAGAAAGCAUCAUCCACAAAUUUGGUGUGGAAAAGGACAAACUGAGCCAACAGUUAGCAAACACGUCUACAAUUAUGCUCAACGUAAAGGUUCUUCUGAAAAAACGCCUAUGUGUCGUGUGGCUGAGUUAGCGAGAUAUAACAAGCUUCGUCAUGGAUAUGUUCUUCUUGAUGAAAGUGGGCCAGCACACAAGAAAAAAUUCACUGUAAAGCUUAUUCUUUGUCCGGGUCAAGAGUUUGAAGGUAGCGGACCUUCAAUUAAAAAAGCUCAACAAGCCGCAGCUCAAUGUGCGUUGGAUUCUUCUACUUUGCCACGACCUCCACCAAUGAGAGGAAUGGGAGUACCAAGACGUCAACCACGUAAAGACGAGUCAUUCAAUGCAAUUUUGUUACUCAAUUCUGUAGCUGCCCAACUUGGAAUUAUUGUAAAUUAUAAAGAAGAAUUAAUCCAUCAUCCGUUGUCUUCGUUUAAAGCGUCUUUGCCAAAUCCUGCUAACCUUUCAUGGAUCCCUCCAUUUUGUAGUACUUCUAAUAGCAAUAAAUCAGCACAAAUUUCAGCAAUGCAACCAAAUAGUCUUAAUCUAGCUAGUUCUCAAUUUGCUCGUAAUUUAUGUUUUGCUCCAGCACCAAAUUUGUUUAAUGGUUCUAAUUUUACAAGUUCCGUAACAAAUGGUACAACUUCUCAACAACAAAUUGUGCCAAAAACAGUGAAUUCUAUUUUGGAUUUGCCGAUUAUGCCUUUGGUCAAUGCUUCUCCAGUCGGAGCUGAUGUUUUGUUUAAAAAAAUGCAAAUUGCUUCAAUUAAUUCUUUACCAUCAUUUGAUUACCAAUCUAUUCCAUUGCUUCCAUCCUCUUUCCUUUCACUUCCUCAAUCGGUUUUACUAAACGGAUUUGAUCGAACAGCAGUAUUACCGAUUGGUCCUACAGCUCUCAAUUCAAUUCAUUAUCAACAACAGCAACAAGGAUUUACUUACAAAGUAACAGUGACUCUAAGUUUAGAUUCCUCACAACAUUUUGGAGUUGGAUUUAAAUUGGAUAUUGCAAAACAGAAGGCAGCUGUUCAAGCAUUGUCUCAUUUGAGACCGGUGUUGGAUUGCUACAAAAAAAGUAAAGAAAUUGGCAACAGUUUGGAUGAAAUUUUAUUAAAUAAUGGAACCCCAAAUAAAUUCAAUUCGCAACAAGCAAAAAUAACCGAAGAGAAUUCUUAUGUUAAAGAAGGGUUGUCUAAAGUAAAUCCUAUUGAUAACGGCCGUGCAUUAACUUCUGGCAGUGCAGAAGACGAAAGUGAGAGUACUGAUUUAAAUUUCUCUCCAGCAUUGAAUGUUUUAUUAAAUGAAUAUUACGAUGAAGAACAACAAACAGAUGAUAAAAUGCCAGAUAAUGAACAAUUAAAUAAGUUAAAGGCAGAUGAUAAUAAAUUACCUCAGAGUGCACAAAUGUCAGAACAACGCCCUUUUCGUUCGCGGCGGAAGAUAAAAUCAGUAGUUUCGCAAAUUCAUGAGUGUGCACUUCGUCUUCGAAUGAAUGUUGAAUUUGAAGUACUCGCUGAAACGGGUGAGCCGCAUAAUCGUGUUUAUACUCUUUGUUGUCGUCUUAUUUCACCUUCUACAAUAACCAAUACGUCAGCAGAUUCUACUAUAUCCAAAGAAUAUUCAUCAGAAGGUAAAGGUCCAAGUAAGAAAGCAGCCAAACAGGCAGCUUGUUAUCAUUUACUUGAGAAAGUUCAACCUCUUCUUGACAAAGACCCAAUUUUUCUGGCCAGUCAGAUUAUACGUCAUGUAGGAACUGUAGAGAGUCAUAAACGUGAUUCGAUUUUAGGAGGUGGAAAUGCAAAGGAGUUUACAAAGCGAAAAACAAUUAUUAAAGAUAAGAAAAUGGAUCCUGAAUAUGGCCAUCACAUUAAUCCAAUAUCUAGACUGAUACAAGUUAUGCAAAUUCGUCAAGAACGGGAACCUAUUUUUCAUUUUGUCUCGGAACAAGGUCAAAAUAGACACAAGGAAUUUACUGUGUCCGUGCAAUGCAUGGGGUUUGACGAGCAGGGUACUGGACCAAAUAAAAAAUUAGCCAAAAGAGCUGCUGCCGAAGCGAUGUUAGGUCGUAUUGGUUAUGUUAAAUCUAUGCCUCAACCUGGUAAGAGUCUUCUUAAGAAGCAAGUCAAUAGUGAUUUGAAAAACAAAUCUAUUAUGGAUCAAAACUACAAUUCAUUUCUAACGAAUAAUUGGGAUGAAAAGAUAAAUUCAUUUGAAACAUUUGCUGCAGUUGAGGAGGCAUUGAACAAUACUGAAUUGCCUCAACAAAUACAAGUGGAAAAUGGUGUCAACUUAUCUCCUGUAAUUGAAGAAAAGAAUAAUCUAUCUCCAAUUAAAGAAGCUACGAAUUAUUCACCUCCGCUUCCAUCUACUCGUCGCCGUGUUACUUUCAAUGAACACGUUAGUGCAUGCCCUCCGCCAGAAGAUUCCACUUAUCCAGCCGCAUCAAUUGCUCCACUCAAGUCUGAGCUUGGUAGCCGCCUUCGACGACGAAACCGUGAUUCUCAACGAGCACUUAGUCAAGCCGAGAAUCAAGAAUUGGUAAAAAUUGCGACACAAUUCCUCCAAUGGCCCAAUUCUGUCAAUGAGAAACGUGGUCUUGUAAAAUUGGAUAAGGAUUCUAUUUGGGCCGGUUUGGAAGGCAUAGAGGAAAUUGUUGGAGAAAUUCCUAAGCCAACGGAUUCGUUUUGUGUGCCUCUAAUAGCUCCUGAGAUUAUAGGCGAUGAAAAACGACAUAUGUUUCAAACAAAUCAAUCGGAAAUUAUGCCAGCUUCUUUACCAGCAGCUCUUCCUUCAAAGUAUGCGCCUCCAUUAUUGAAUGCUGUUCCUCCGCCUUUUAUUACAUCAAUAAAAACAAUCGAGGCACAAACUCAAAUAUUAUCGCCUACUUCAGCAUCCCUUUCUAUUUCUCAUUGGAAUGGUGAAGACACUGAUCAAAUUGAAGCUAAGAAAGAAUAUAAAUUUGGAUUGAUUGGGGCAAAGAAUUUUCUCAAUCAUUUAUCCAAACAUUUUAAAUUUACUGUCUCCUACUCUGAUUUUCCUAGGUCGAAGGACGCUGCUGAUGAAGAGCAAUGCUUUACUCUUUUAACUGUUGGAUUGGCUAAACCUAUUGUUUGUCACGGUAGUGGCCCAACAGAAGUAUAUGCCCAUGUUGAUGCUGCAUUCAAUGCAAUUCAAACACUAAUUAAGCAACUAGAAGGACAAGAAAGCGAAAAAAGAUGCAACAGCAAAGCACUUUGA